GCUGCUUGUGUCUGCUGUUCACAGAUCUCUGGACCAGCUGAAAAGAAGCGACCAUGCCACCUAGAAAGAUGAACAGGGUGUUCGUCAUCGGCGUGGGCAUGACCAAGUUUGACAAGCCUGGAGCUCGGGGCGACUAUGAUUAUCCUGACAUGGCCAAGGAAGCAGGUCAAAAGGCUCUAGCAGAUGCAGGAGUGCCAUAUUCUGCCAUUGAACAAGCCUGUGUAGGAUAUGUCUAUGGGGACUCCACAUGUGGCCAGAGGGCCAUUUACCACAGCCUUGGCAUGACCGGGAUCCCCAUCAUAAACGUCAACAAUAACUGCUCCACAGGCUCCACUGCUCUCUUCAUGGCUCGCCAGCUGGUUAUGGGCAGUCUUGCUGACUGUGUACUUGCUCUCGGGUUUGAGAAGAUGGAGAGGGGCUCUUUGUCCUCAAAGUUUAUGGACAGGACCAAUCCAAUGGACAAGCACAUGGAGGUGAUGAUCAACCGCUACGGGAUGGUGGCAGCGCCAGCAGCAGCACAGUUGUUCGGUAACGCUGGCAAGGAGCACAUGGAGAAAUAUGGCACGAAACCGGAACACUUUGCCAAAAUUGCCUGGAAAAACCACAAGCAUUCCACCAACAACCCGUAUUCCCAGUUCCAGGAUGAGUACAGCUUGGAGCAGGUGCAGAGCUCCCGGAAGGUGUUUGACUUCCUUACCCUGCUGCAGUGUUGCCCGACAUCCGAUGGUGCUGGAGCAGCAGUUCUGGCCAGCGAAGCCUUCGUCAGGAAACACCACCUGGAGAACCAGGCUGUGGAGAUUGUGGCCCAAGAGAUGGUGACUGACCUCGCCUCCACGUUUGAAGAGAACAGCUGCAUCAAGAUGGUGGGAUAUGACAUGUCUCAAUUGGCUGCCAAAAAGUGUUUUGCAGCUGCAGGUCUGAAGCCCAGUGACGUCCACGUGGUUGAGCUGCACGACUGCUUCUCAGCCAAUGAGCUCAUCACGUAUGAGGCUCUGGGACUGUGUCCAGAGGGUAAAGCUGGAGAGCUGAUUGACAGAGGAGACAACACGUAUGGAGGAAAGUUUGUAAUCAACCCCAGUGGAGGUCUAAUCUCUAAAGGACAUCCUCUGGGUGCCACAGGCCUGGCCCAGUGUGCAGAGCUGUGCUGGCAGCUCCGAGGGCUGGCGGACAGGAGACAGGUCCCGGGGGCCAAAGUGGCCUUGCAACACAACAUCGGCUUGGGAGGAGCCGUCGUCGUCACUCUCUACAAGUUAGUUCCUCAGGAGGCCAGUUCCCACAUAGGUGCAGUUCCCACCAGCUCAGCCAGCGGCCUGGAAGGGUUUAAAGCAUACCCGGUCUUCAAAGAGAUGGAAAAACAUCUGGAGAAGGAAGGAGAGCAGCUUGUCAAGAAGAUUGGAGGAGUGUUCGCCUUCAAAGUGAAGGAGGGACCAGAUGGGAAAGAGGCGACUUGGUUUGUCGACGUGAAAAAUGGCAAAGGUUCUGUCACCACUGACCCAGGUGUGUCAAAGGCAGACUGCACCUUAUCCAUGAGGGAUGAAGAUCUUCUGGAGUUGAUGACAGGACAGUUGAACCCUCAAACGGCAUUCCUCAAAGGGAAGCUGAAGAUCACUGGGAACAUGGGCAUGGCGAUGAAGCUGCAGAACCUGCAGGUUACUGUGGGGAAGGCCAAGCUGUGAGGCCCUCGGCUGGCCUCGUGUCCUCUGAGGACACAUUUGUUGGAAAACUUAAUUCCUCUGAUUACAUUAUGUUUAUCAACAAGCUCAAAUAAAACUUACAUUUGAUCAUGAGAGAAGAUCCAUAAAGUUUUAGUUCCAGCUGCUACUUUGAAAUCAGAGCAAACUCACUGCAUAUCAUAUAUAUCAUUUUGAAUACCCUGUUAAUAUGUUGUUAAUCUUUUUGACCCACAUCAUCUUAAAGUCUAUCAUUUCUGAAACAUUCAUAGUCUCUAAUAUGCUUAUAAGCGACCUGUGUGACUCUCCUCUAUGUAUGAAUAAUAAUGUAGUCAAAACACUCAAUGUGCCUCUAUUUUCUCUGAAAUUAAGAUUGUGGUUUAAAGCCAUUUUUGGUCUCAACCAUUUUGUAUUUAAUAUACGUCUGUAAAUGACAGCAAUUAUCUAAUUUAACAAACAAAUAAAUACUUUUCUGACAAACCUU